UUCAAAGUCAGCUGUCAAAAUUAGAAAAUUCGCGGGCGAUUUCUAUUGGUAUUGAUUCCACGUUUUUGAUUAGAUUUUUAGUAUUUUCUUACAGAAAUUGUGUGUUAUUAAGUGUUAUUCAUCUUCCUGGUGGCAUAUAUCUGGUUAAUUGUGCAUCUGUUGAUGUUAAGUGUGUAAAUACUCCGCGCAACUUACAUGUAUUGAUUUUUCAGGUAUUGAUUUUAGGGCAGGAUCCCUAGUAUUUGAGACUACAAAUAGUUGAGUAUACUAGAUGGCAAAAGUGAACGUGACGGACGUGGAAGUCCACGCUGAGGAUGAUUCUGACGACCAGGAUGACUGCUUCGGCAUCAGCGUGGACCUCAUUGACGAGAGAUUAUACUUGGGAAACUUGGCAUGUGCUCGUGACUACAAGACGUUAGAAACCCUGCAGAUAACUCACAUCCUCACUAUAGACGUGGUGCCUCUGCCUCGGACUAUACUUGAGAGAACAAACCUAUGCUUCCACUAUGUCAAAUUGGCAGAUGUACCCAAAGUAGACCUGAUCACUCACCUACCAGAGACCAACAACUUCAUCAAACAGGCUCUAGCUGAUGGAGGAACAGUCCUUGUGCACUGUCAUUUCGGCGUUUCCCGUUCAGCAGCAGUAGUAAUAGCCUUCAUAAUGGAGAAGUAUGGCUUAUGUUUCGAAGAGGCCUUCACUCUCGUGAAGAGUAAGCGGCGGUUUGUAGGCCCCAACGUAGGCUUUGUCGCCCAACUGAAGCUGUUUGGACAUAUGGGCUAUACAAUCAAUAGAGAUGAUCCGAGGUUUAAACAGUUUCGUCUGAAGCUGGCUGGACAGAAACUGAAAGAAGUGAAGAUCUUGCCCCAGCUGUUUGCGGACCUGGUGAAGCCGGACCCGGGGCUGGUGAGAGAGCGGCCGGACCCCAUCGUGUACCGCUGCAAGAAGUGUCGCCGGAUAGUCGCCAGCCAGAGCAAUAUUAUACCGCAUAUACCCAAGCCUGUGAAGGUGGAGUUGGCUAAGAAAGGCAUCCGACCACCCCCAAGCAAGUUAACAGGUCUGAACUGUGCGGAGAACGGUGAGAUCCUGCUGGAGAAGCUGAAGAGCCUCGCGUCGCAGCUGAUGGACAUGCGCUGUGACUACGAGGACAGCCCUGGACAGAGUCAGAGCAACAGUCAGAGGAGUGACAGCGAGGAGGGACCCAGUCAGGGACAGGAGGAGCAUCUAGACGGCUACAGCGAAACCAACAUGGUGGACGGCAACAUAGUAGGUCGAGCGGACUUACCCGACGCGUGCCGGCUCAUGUGGUUCGUGGAGCCGAUGGCGUGGAUGCGGGACGUCACCCACCACGCGCAGGGGAAGCUGCACUGUCCCAGGUGUCUUAACAAGAUCGGAUCUUUUAGUUGGAUUAUGGGUUGUAAAUGCCCAUGCGGACAGAAGGUAGCUCCAGCGUUCUACCUGGUACCCUCCAAGGUGGAGUGGUCUAACAUCGUGCAGAACGUUCAGAUCACUGUCUGAAUCUCUACAUAUACAUACAGGAAUAAAUAUUAUAGUGACUGAAGGGAAUAUUUAAUGGAUGACAAAUGUGAUGGUUAGACCUCACAUAUAGAUAGUUUGAUGUACCAACUCAAGUUGUUGCUUAUAAUAUUAACAUGGACAAAGAGACUAAACGAGAUAAAUAUGUGUAGAAACAGUAACAAAAUUUACAUCAUGCAAGAAAAUUGGCCAUGUUUGAUGCUCAAUAAUUUGUAAUAUACAUAAAAUCUAGUAAAUGUAUUAAAACAUUGAUAAUCGUAUUUAAAUUCGGAACAGUGUAUAUGCAGAAUGUAUUCAUACCACUAUUUUCUGCGCACACGCCAUCCAUUAUAACAAUCUACGAUUUAACAUAUAAAAAGAAAAUAAAAUGUAUUGGGACUGAAAGGAAUAUUAUAAAAAAAUAUACAAUACGGCUAGACUAAUGCUAGAAACGUAUUUAAAAUAACAAAGAACCAAUAUUUAUCCGAACUGUUUAAAAUCAAAUGUAAUUGUACUUGAAUUCUUGCUGUAAUCUUUUCACACAAUUUUACGUAGAAUGUUACAGCUUUUAAAGAUGAUCUUAAUUGACGAGAUUUUUAAAUUUUAACCCUGUAGUAAUUUUUGACCUGUAAUGUAAAGUUGUAAAUAGUUAGUACCCCCUAUUUAUACAGUGGGAAAGGGGUAAAAAUAUGUACCUAUGUAUAUUGUGUAAAUCCUAAAAGGGAAUACAGGUAGUCUGGGUGAUUUCUUUCGUAUGCCUUCCCAACAAUAAUGUAAUCUUUAGAACUUAGUAGUUUGGUGCUUCGAUUUAUUGAAUUCUUCCUGUACGUAAAUAUUGUACCCACUGAUUGACAAUUAUGAUACUAAUUUUAAAAUAUAUAAAUUGUCUUCUGGCACAACUGGGUAAAAUAAAUUAUGUAAGACGUUUGAAAAUGGCAACACUGACUGGUCCGUAAUCGAGAUUUAGUGGCAACAUUGAAAAGCAAAAACAAAUCAAAAUACGUUUGUGUUCGUAAAUGUUCUUCAGUGAGUACAAAAUAAUAUUGUGUUGUAGAUAAAAUCCAAUAAUAUACUUCCAGUAGCUAUUUAUUUCAAUACGUCCUAUAUGAUUGUUGACUGUUGGCUUGUAUAGAUUUAAUAAAAAUAUGUUUUAAUACAA